GCACUGGAGAGAUGGGCUGGGCACUACCCGGAGCUGCAGCCCCUGGCGUCGCUGCCCAAGGCCCUGGACGCCCUCGAGGCCGGGGUGCGGCGGCUCGGGGACCCCGCGGAGGCGCCGGACCCGGGCGAGGUGAGGGCCGGGGUCGGCAUGGAGGUGGCCGAGCUGCAGGAACUGCUGGCCUCGCUGCGGCCCUCCGCGGAGCGGCUGCGGACGCAGCUGGCCAAGGGGCCGCUCAGCAGCCUCACCGCGCUGAACCUGCAGCUUCAGUCCGAGCUGCAGCGGGGGCCCGGGCUGCCUGGCGGCCAGGCGCUGUGCGAGGGGCUCCGGGAGGUGCUCGACGGCGCCGGGUGCUCGGCCGCGCCCGCGCUCGACGACGCCCUGGAGAAGCGGGCGCAGCACGACGAUGGGCAGCACGACGAUGAGCUGCGCAGCGAUGAGCCUCACGACGGCGGGCACUUCCACACCACGAGCGUGCGCAGCACGGCGGUGGUCAGCAUGACGGGCAACAACACCAUGACGACGAGUACGUUCGACAAUGAGCGGGUCAGCCUCGCGGCACGCUCCCCGGACUCCACGGUCACCGCGAGUUCCAUGAAUUGGCCCCUGCAGCAGCGGCGCGACGACGCUGAGCCGCCCGACCACGCCGACCAGCAGCUGCAGGGUUCCGACCACCAUCACGAGUUCGACGUGCGCAGCUUUCUUGUCCAGCAGCACAAUGUGGAGCGGCAGCGCGAUUCUCACAUCCAUGAGUGGGACUGGCAGUGCUGCGAGGCCGGCAUCGGGGCGGCCUUCAUGGAGAAGCUCGUGGACGGCACGACGAGCGCCGUGCCCGAGCACGCGGCACACGAUGCCAUGCUGCUCGGCGGCGGAGGCGCCGACGCUGGGCAGCGCGACUCUGCCGAGCAUGGCGGGUUGCAGCACUACUCAGCCGGCCUGCCUGCCGGGCAGGCGGCCAGCAGCACCAGGCCCCAGCAGCGCCGUGCAGCCCCAUGGAGGGCUGGGGCCCUCCCUCGUGCCCGUGGCUCCUCCGUGCGCUGCGGGUUCCUGCCGUACGACCUCGGGCGGCUCGACGGGCACCCGCCGCACGACCUCUGGCAGCACGGGCUCGGGCUGCAGUUUUGA